GUCGCGGCUCGAGUGAUCCGCUCACACCCAACCAGACGCGCGGGCUGCUGAUGCUUGGCCUGGAACCCGCUGGGGAGACCUAAUUCCGCUCCGCCAUGCCUGCCGGGAGUAACCAGCCAGACGGCGUCCUCAGCUAUCAGAGACCAGAUGAAGAAGCUGUGGUGGAUCAGGGUGGGACCAGUACAAUUCUCAACAUUCACUAUGAGAAAGAAGAGUUGGAAGGUCACAGAACUCUGUAUGUGGGGGUUCGGAUGCCACUGGGCAGGCAGAGCCAUCGACACCACCGGACCCAUGGGCAGAAGCACCGAAGAAGAGGGCGGGGCAAAGGAACCAGCCAGGGGGAGGAGGGCCUGGAAGCCCUGGCCCAUGACACACCAUCUCAGCGUGUUCAGUUCAUUCUUGGCACUGAGGAAGAUGAAGAGCACGUGCCUCAUGAGCUGUUCACAGAGCUCGAUGAGAUCUGUAUGAAAGAGGGAGAAGAUGCUGAGUGGAAGGAGACAGCCAGGUGGCUGAAGUUUGAGGAAGAUGUGGAAGAUGGGGGAGAACGCUGGAGCAAGCCAUACGUGGCCACCCUUUCACUGCACAGUCUCUUUGAAUUAAGAAGCUGCCUCAUUAAUGGAAGUGUCCUUCUGGAUAUGCAUGCAAAUAGCAUCGAGGAAAUUUCAGACCUGAUACUGGACCAGCAGGAACUGUUCAGUGAUCUGAAUGACAGCAUGAGGGUUAAAGUGCGGGAAGCCCUUCUCAAAAAGCAUCAUCAUCAAAAUGAAAAGAAGAGAAACAACCUCAUCCCCAUUGUUCGCUCCUUUGCUGAGGUUGGCAAGAAACAGUCUGAUCCACAUUCGAUGGAUAAGAAUGGUCAGACUGUAUCACCUCAGUCUCUUCCAACUACAAAUCUUGAAGUGAAAAAUGGAGUGAAUUGUGAACACAGUCCUGUGGAUUUAAGCAAGGUUGACCUUCAUUUUAUGAAAAAAAUUCCCACUGGGGCAGAGGCCUCUAAUGUCUUGGUUGGAGAGGUGGACACUUUGGACCGGCCUAUUGUUGCCUUUGUGAGACUAUCUCCAGCUGUUCUUCUCUCAGGCUUGACAGAAGUGCCGAUCCCAACAAGAUUUCUGUUUAUCUUAUUGGGUCCAGUAGGGAAAGGUCAGCAGUACCAUGAAAUUGGCAGGUCCAUGGCCACCAUCAUGACAGAUGAGAUUUUUCAUGAUGUAGCAUAUAAAGCAAAAGAGCGAGAUGAUCUCCUGGCAGGGAUUGAUGAGUUCCUAGACCAGGUGACAGUGCUCCCUCCAGGGGAGUGGGACCCCUCCAUUAGAAUUGAGCCACCCAAAAACGUCCCUUCCCAGGAGAAGAGGAAAAUGCCUGGGGUUCCAAAUGGAAAUGUUUGCCACAUAGAACCAGAACCACAUGGGGGUCAUAGUGGGCCAGAACUUCAACGUACUGGGCGGCUGUUUGGGGGCUUGGUGCUGGACAUCAAGCGGAAGGCCCCUUGGUACUGGAGCGACUACCGAGAUGCGCUCAGCUUACAGUGUCUAGCCUCUUUUCUGUUCCUAUACUGUGCCUGCAUGUCACCUGUCAUCACCUUUGGGGGAUUGCUUGGAGAAGCCACCGAGGGACGCAUAAGUGCAAUUGAAUCCUUGUUUGGAGCCUCCAUGACUGGGAUCGCAUAUUCCUUGUUUGCAGGACAGGCUCUUACCAUCCUGGGAAGUACUGGGCCAGUUCUUGUGUUUGAGAAGAUUUUGUUCAAAUUUUGCAAAGACUAUGCCCUUUCAUACCUCUCCCUGCGAGCUUGUAUUGGACUAUGGACCGCCUUCCUCUGUAUUGUGCUUGUGGCAACUGAUGCCAGUUCCCUUGUCUGCUACAUUACCCGCUUCACUGAAGAAGCAUUUGCCUCCCUGAUAUGUAUUAUUUUUAUCUAUGAAGCAAUAGAAAAGCUGAUUCACCUGGCAGAGACCUAUCCCAUCCACAUGCACAGCCAGCUGGACCAUCUUAGCCUCUAUUACUGCAGGUGUACUUUCCCAGACAACCCAAACAAUCACACCCUGCAAUACUGGAAGGAUCACAACAUUGUGACAACAGAAGUGAACUGGGCUAACCUCACAGUCAGUGAAUGCCAAGAGAUGCAUGGAGAAUUUGUAGGAUCUGCUUGUGGCCAUCACGGACCCUACACUCCCGAUGUGCUCUUCUGGUCCUGUAUUCUUUUCUUCACCACCUUCAUCCUCUCAAGCACUUUAAAGACAUUUAAGACAAGCCGCUAUUUCCCAACCAGGGUACGCUCCAUGGUGAGUGACUUUGCAGUUUUCCUCACUAUCUUCACAAUGGUGAUUAUUGAUUUUUUGAUUGGAGUCCCAUCACCAAAGCUUCAAGUUCCCAGUGUGUUCAAGCCAACAAGGGAUGAUCGAGGGUGGAUUAUCAAUCCCAUUGGCCCCAACCCCUGGUGGACUGUGAUAGCUGCGAUUAUCCCAGCUCUUCUCUGCACUAUAUUGAUAUUCAUGGACCAGCAGAUCACAGCAGUCAUCAUUAACAGGAAAGAGCAUAAACUCAAGAAAGGCUGUGGCUAUCACCUGGAUCUGCUGAUGGUGGCCAUCAUGCUGGGUGUCUGCUCCAUCAUGGGCCUGCCCUGGUUUGUGGCUGCAACUGUUUUGUCUAUCACACAUGUGAACAGUCUCAAGCUAGAAUCUGAGUGCUCUGCUCCUGGGGAACAGCCCAAGUUUUUGGGCAUCCGAGAGCAGAGAGUGACAGGCCUUAUGAUCUUUGUGCUGAUGGGCUGUUCAGUCUUCAUGACAGCCAUCUUAAAGUUUAUCCCAAUGCCAGUACUCUAUGGAGUUUUCCUCUAUAUGGGAGUUUCUUCACUGCAGGGAAUCCAGUUCUUUGAUCGUCUGAAGCUUUUUGGGAUGCCUGCAAAGCACCAGCCAGAUUUUAUCUACCUGCGGCAUGUGCCUCUGCGCAAAGUGCACCUCUUCACCCUUAUCCAGCUCACCUGCCUCGUCCUGCUUUGGGGCAUCAAGGCCUCUCCAGCUGCCAUUGUUUUCCCAAUGAUGGUUUUGGCCUUGGUCUUUGUCAGGAAAGUCAUGGAUCUCUGUUUCUCUAAGCGAGAGCUGAGCUGGUUAGAUGAUCUCAUGCCUGAAAGCAAAAAGAAGAAGUUGGAUGAUGCCAAAAAGAAGGCCAAGGAGGAAGAGGAGGUUGAGAAAAUGUUAGAAAUGGGGGGAGACAAGUUCCCCUUAGAAAGCAGAAAGUUACUAAGUAGUCCUGGAAAAAACAACAGUUUCAGAUGUGACCCUUCGGAGAUCAAUAUAUCUGAUGAAAUGCCUAAAACCACAGUCUGGAAAGCUCUCAGUAUGAAUUCUGGAAAUACAAAGGAAAAAAGUCUCUUCAACUAAGAGUCUUUGCCGGGAUGGAAGAUUUGGGCCAUGAGGUGCUCAAGAGAGUUUGAUUACAGAGAAAAUGGUGAGUCUCUCGGAGAAGAAUGAAGACCAAGUCUAGCCCCAUCUUUGGUCAUCUCAGGCCUUGCUGAUGCAUUCAGUCAUUCCUGGUGUGCACUGGAGGGCGUCCUGCCAUCCCAUACCAGCAGCCAGGCACCAGAUAGAAGCGUGGAAGCAGAAGACCACUUCCUGUUGGUCUUUCUCUUCUUCCUUUCUCUUCAGGACUGCCACCAUUAAAGACCCAGCUUCCCAUUUUUCAGACAUUUUCUCUGAAACUAUGCUGGCCUACUGAGGCACAUGGAUCCCUUCUACCACUGAGGAUUCCUUAAGUGAGGUCCCUCUUCCUAAAGGAUGGGUGGGUGAGUAGCAGGAGAAAGAAAGGGGAAGGUCCCAGUCCUGUUGGUAUCUGCAAGCUCCUAGGUGGCCCUGGGUCUCAGCUCCAUUGCUGAGGCCCUGGGUGGAGGGCGCUGGUGAGACCCCAAGGCUGUCAGGACUCUGCUGUCAGGAGGUGAGCCAUCUGGGCAUUGGCAGUGCCUACCAGCACAGCCAGGAUAUGCCUCUGAACUGGAGUGUCUUUAUCACUCCCUAGCAGCAGUCUGCACAACUCAGUGAGACCCGUGGAAGAUACAAGGGUCAAGGAGGACAUUGGAGUUGUUCAGCUUAUUUAUGAAAAGAGUUGGGGAAAAAUUAGUAACGACAAGUGAGGAUGAGCAGCUUCUCUUGGUUUUUAUUGAGGAUGGAGUAAGAGAAUGAGCCUAAAUUGCUACAGAAGGGAUUAGUUUAGAUGCCAGGAAGGACGACAUAGCCUGAAGAUUUGUCAUAGAGUGUGCUUUCUAGAUAUCUAGAAAAGAUUUGAUUACAGUUGUUUGUGAUUAGAAAGAGGGAUAUGGUGUUUUUAUUGGCUGUUUUGUGGAACUGUUUGAUGUCUUGCUGCUGUCUUUUGAGGAAACAUUCCAAUUCCAUCCUGGAGAGAUCCAAGUGCUUAUGUACUGUCUCCUUAGCUGCCUUAGUAGUGAACCAUCAUCAGCUCAAUGGACCAAAACUACCUUCAGCCAUGUGGUUUCUUCAUCAUCAUGGAUUUCUUUUGGUUGACAAAAGUUCUGGCUCUUAGACGUAAAAAGCUUCUCCGGGAAACGAACUAUAAAUGGCAAAGUUAACUUCAGUUUUAAACUACAUUUAUGGCUUUUCUCUUCUAUGUUGCAAUGAACGUCACGGGUCUGGGCUCUAGUGCAUAUAUAUAGACCUUCCCUGUCUUUGAGCACAGAAUGUGACUAGCCAGCCCAUUAGCACCCAGGGAAUUCAAUCAUACUAGUUUUUCAUCCUGGAAAAUCUUUGUGCAGUGGGAAAAUCCCCAAUGUGCUUUACUUUCAUAGAUGCAGAGUUGGCAACAACAUUAUAUUGAGUUUUGCAUUCCUUAGACUCUCAAAAUAUAUUAAUGUAGUCUAGUACUCUAAAGACUUUUGAUUGAGGUUGUAGGAACCUUGCUUUUUCCCCAAAUUUCACUAACUUUUAGGGACAUAGUUAUUUUAAUGCAGAGAUGAUUUUCAAAAUAUUUAACAACUGGUGCAGGACAGACACCAACAACUCAGAAUAGGUGUCGGCUCCAGACAGGCAGUGUGUAUCGUUGCACCAGGGUCUGUUGGCUGAAUGUCACGCUGCUUUCAGAUAUUAAAGUGACAUCACUUGUGGUAUUUUUCCUGGUUUGUCUGGUCUGAUUCUAGUCAUAAGGCUGUUUUAGGGUCAGCCUUGGCUUCCCUUUGUAUGGUACAGACAAGAUCAGGCAUGCUUCUUUGAAAUAGAUGGGCAUUCAAAUCUUUGUGAGCCAAAGCUUCACAUUUUAUCACAUUACAGCAAAUCUGCAAUUAUACCCCUUACCUACUUAGUGUGAAAAAAGCAAAAGGCAGCGUGUCAGUGGGAAAAGCUUUCUUGGUGACUUUUGCUUUCCAUCCCUGGCUACUUUCUUGAGCUUGCUUCUUUUUCAUCAUUUUUUCCCCUUAAAACAGGCCCCCGUUCUUGCUCCAUCUUGCCUCUCCCAUACUUUCCUUUCACCUUCUGUGUGAGGAAGUUGGUGACAACUUCACCUGUUUCCCUCAUCUCAGUGCACCUGGAAAGGAUGAAACAGGGAAAAGCCCAUUGUGCAACAAAACCAGUGACAGAAUCCCUCAGAAAAAUGUCUCUCCCUAUCCUCUGACGUCUUGUGCUGCCUUGUACCUGCUAAGCUGCUGGGGCAAGGAAGCAGCCUGUGUUAGCUCUGUGCAGUACAGUUAUGGACCACAAUACACUUCUGAGUCCUUCCCCAGCAGACUCUCCCACGUCAUUGCUUCAUAGGUACAUUAGCCAUUUUGGAAAGCUGUGCUACUCAGUUGUUAUGUUCUUCUCAAACAAUACCCAGUCCCAUUUUUGGUACAUCUAAUAAUAGGAACAAUUCCUUACUCUUACUCCUUCCUCUUUCCCAGUUCCUGCCAAACACUCAAUUCCAUUCCCAGCCGCUUCCUUGCUUAGCUCUAUGGCUGAUGACCAUGGAGCAGAGUCAAGCUGAGCAGUAUAUGGGGUUAGAAACUGGGAAUGAUGGGGAAGCAGCACAGUGCGUGUGCAUGUGUGUGUGUGUGUGUGUGUGUGUGAAUGUGAAUGCGUAAGAACGUAGACACAAGUAUUCAUCGAUACUAAUAAGCUUUUGUGCGCCAAGCUGCAGGAACAUAAAAAAAAAAUGUGGUCCUUUUCUCAUCUAGGGGAUUUAUAUCUCAGAUGUCUCUGAUAAAUACCAUGAGGACAAAUACAAGCAGAUUAAUCUGUAAAAAAUGGUAUUUAAGUUCAACAUGAAGGAUAAACUGACUUAGGAGUAGAAAGCAAGGCAGGUUACUUGGUGAUUUUCAUGCACAUAUUUGCUUGGGCCAAGGAAGUGGCCCCCUCUUUCAUGAUGAGGGAAAUAGAAGCAACAGUUUGAGUGUUGGCAGGUCAGUGCCCUGACAGACCGGAGGUGUCAAAGUAAGGAGGGAGAGAGGCCAGGGAUUUAAGAAAAUGAUGGUAUGUAGAAUUUUGGUUCUAAGGAAAAAGAAGUGUAGUUGCUAAGUGGCCGGAUUGCCUUCUGGUCAUUGCUUUUAGAGAAAGGCUGGUCUAAAUUUUCAGGCAUGUCCAACCUGCAGCCCACCAGUUAGACAUGCCUAUGUUAAAAUUUUUAAAAAUUAAACAAAGGAAAUUGUGUUACAUAUAUACAUUAAUGUUAUAUUUUAUAUGGAGCCAAAACAAUUUCUGUUCACUGAAACCCCGGCAUGCAGGUGUGUCCAACCUGCAGCCACAGAUUUCCAACUUCUGAAGGACUGUCAAGAAAUCUUUUCUUGGGGCUGGUGAUUUAGCCCAGUGGUUCUGCCACCUGCCUCGCAAGCGCAAGGACCUGAGUUCGAUCCCCGGUACCAAAAAAAAAAAAAAAGAAAGAAAUCUUUUCUUUACCAUAUACAUCACCUAUCCCCAUCCUUUUAUUUAUAGAAACUUGCCUUUGAGAGAGAAGGAAAGUGAACCAUGUUUUUCAAAAGAUAAGGUAAAAAGUUAUUCUUUCUUUUUGGCUGUGAUGUGACUGCCUUGUAAGACAGUCAGAAAUGUUGGAUAAAAAUUUGAUAUAUUCUGUGUUUCAGGCUUAGUUGAGAGCUCGAGCUAUGAUGACUGUGAUGUUCAAAAGGUCUAUGGUCUGGGAAAUCUGUAGUAUCUGGCCAUCGAAAAAUGACAAUUCCUAAUUCUUCUUUUUUUUUUUUUGGUACUGGGGAUUGAACUCAGGACCUUGUGUUUGCGAGGCAGGUAUGGUGCCACUGAGCUAAAUCCCUGGCUUCUUUUUUAUUUUCGACUCACUCAACCCUCCAGACUCUCUCUUAGUAAUCAAAUCAGUAAUUUUCCCUACAUCUACUCUGUUGAUUUCUGUGUUCUGCACCUCAAGUUUUCUUGAAGCAUAGGAGCAAGCUUGGUCCCAAGGCCCUGGGAUUUUUUUUUUACCAGCAUUAGAAACGCUAUCCAGUAUGUUCUCUCUGCUGUUUUGUCUGUCUCUGAAGUUUUGUUGUUGCCAUUGCUAGUUUGUCCCUGUAUUUUACUCACACUUCUCAGGUUUCUAAGCUACAUUUUAGCAGAAUAUUCAGGAACCCUGCAUUGAGUGUUCUCAAUCUACUUUUCUUUUGGCGGUAGCUGUUGGGGCUCCCCUGGGGUAGAAAUCCUUUCACCAGGCCGUGGCUGGCCAAGCAACAUCAUCUAAUUCCCUCCCAUUGACUGUCUCAGCUUUUCAAGUACCUGUCCUCCUCGCCAUCUGCUUGGUCCUCAGUCUUUCACAUUCUCCUCAGAGGGAGCAAGUUCUUGAUCAGAGGUCCUGAAACCACCCUGAGUUGGGGUGGUGAGAUCUAUGGGUUGGUUGGUCUUGGAGCUUCUUGAAAAGGGGGUUUUAGGGUUAUUUUCCUCAUUCACAGGGAGGGACUGAGGGUUCUCAAGCCCUUAGGUUCCUCCACAUUUCAGUGUAAACAUAAGGCUUGCCAUAGCCAAGUGGAGGGACUUUUUCUACUAACCCUAUCCCUUAUACUUCUUGGUGUACCAGUCUCCUAACAUUAAUUAUCGAGGAUGAGCGGCUGACUCUUUUUCAUCAGACAGAAGGGUAAUUUUCAUAACCAAGAGAACUGUGAAGUAACUAUAUCACUGCUUGAAGUGUGAAAAGAGGGAAAGACUGUUACGUGACCCUUUUCAGAAGGAGAAUUCAGGAAGCAGAAUGAUUCAUCCAGAGUCAUGAUUCUUUUAGGAGAUUCUGUGCUAAAAAGGAGUGGAAUGGUUUCUGAUCCUUCGGAAGAGGAAAGGACCAACAUUUUUCUUAAAUCUAGCCCACUAUCAGCAUUGGAGAAUACAGAACUUUUUCUUCUAGCUGAUAGCAUUAAUUUUUCCUAAGAGAGAGGGAGAACCCACUCAGAACACUUCUCGGAGCCCCCAGAAACAAGCUUGGGCUUCUCUGAGCAGAUUUGCGGAUGACUUCAACAUGUAGGGGUUUUUUCUGUGUUUUUCACAUGUGCAAUAAUGCUGGGAACAGAAGCAGCAAACUGAAUGUGCAAUUACUCCUUUUGUAAAAGAAGCCAAAUCCGUCUCCUCUUCCUCCCUCCCUCCCUCCGUAUUCACUCCUCUGGGAUGAUAAGCCUCCCUCUUGUUUCUCUGUGUCUGUCUGUUUGGUUGGUUAGAAAUGGCUGCCCUUCCAAGUUAAGGGUGUCAGGUGCAGGGCAGAGCAACCUUCCCACGGAAGGGGACAAUUUGAGGUGCUGGUAUGUGUCCCUUAUUUUCUAUGUUCUUCUUUAUAGUAGGUCUCAUGUAGAGAUAGAGAUAUUUUUGUUUUAGAGAUUUCAAAGUGUGUGUGUGUGUGUGUGUGUGUGUGUAUACAUAUAUAUAUUUUGUGUAAGAAAUGUAUCCCUCUCCACACUCCAUGAUGUAAAUAGAACUGGGAACAAAUGUUUCAUUGUGAUAAUCCCAUAGCGAUUUGUGGUAGAAAUAAGACCCCUUUUCUGAUCUGUGUCUGUGACCAAGGCAGGUAAUUGUGACCCUGCAUCUCCUAGACCUCUGCCUGUCCAGACAUGUGUGCUCACCUUGAUGGGCAGAAAAUAAAGUCUGUAGCCACUGUU